UUUUUUUUUCCCUCUUCUCUGUCCUGUUCUCUCUCUCUCUGUCUUCUCUUCUCUUCUCUUCUCACUCCUAAAGUUUUGCCCCUCCCCAUCAACUUCCUCUUGGUGAUGUUUCUUUCCCCUUCUCAUUUCCCUUCCAUUUCACUCAUUCCACUUCCAUCUCACUUCCUUUCCUCUCCCAAACAGGUGUGGUUCGACUGUCCUGUCUCCGCACGGGAUCUCCCGUUGCAACUCAAACCAUGACGAUCCCAUCCCAUCUCUAGACAUCCAUCUGAAUAGUUCCCUCUCCGCUGUAUGAUCCUAACGGACCCUCUCGGGACCCUCUUCCUUCCUUUCCGUCCGAUCUCUGCCUCUGAUUCCGCCCUCCGUCCCUCCUGGUAAAAUUGACCGUCUUCCUUCAAUCCCAUCCUGGGCCCCUGGUAUGAGUAUCGAUCCCGUCAACGAGUUUCGUGCUGGUCGUGCGGGCCCUUCACCGGCAGUCCGUUGCCGCUCUGGCUGCUAAAUGUCCCCCCAACCCACCUCCGUCCCAGCGGCCUCUUCGCCGGCUGAGGACGAUCCCUUUGCCAUCAAGAAGCGACUCGAAAAGAGGUUUCUUUCGUCACACCCGGUCAUUGCUACCCUCGAUGUCGAAUAUAAUGAGCUGUCGCAGUACUGGACGGUGUUCCAGAGACACCUUCAGCCCGCGGACCAGGUCGAACGCCAUGAACGCCUUCAAAACUCUAGCGACGUGGCCAAUCUCGUGGGCUCCAUCCAGGCGACCUGGAUAGCCAGUGAACGAGAGAGUCUCUUCAGUCGAUCCAUGUCGCGUCUGAAGCGCCUCAUUUCGACCCUUGACUAUCACUCCCCCCUAUUGGUGCGUUUGCCCAAACACGAGUUGUACUUGUCUCUCUUAUACGGCGUCUUCCAGUCCAUCAUCAAGGCGUCGGCGGACUACCCCAGGGUCAUGGAAGGCAUGACCAAAAUCCUCGUCAAGAUUAACAAAUCCGCCAAAGAGGCUUUGCGGAACCAGGAUGUCACAUGGUCGAUCGUCUAUUUCUAUUCGUUGACCUUCUUCACCCUCAGCGAAAUGAUGCGGUGGUAUGUGGGCAUGUCCAAAUGCCGACUGUUGAAAAGCCCCAACCAGGACGUCUACCUAUAUUUCAAAACCCUCGUCACCUAUAUCCAGAGUUCCGUCCGAUUGAUCGUUCGAGACGCCAUGGACAUCGACGACUAUGGCUCCGAGGCCCAACGCCGCGCCGAUUUCGACCUGGCUUUCUGGGAAGAAACCCGGCUGAGCCAGAUCGGCCUGCAAAAACCGGAGCGCAAAUUCGCUGCGGAGUUGGCCAUCGUGAGCCAGCAGAUAUGGGAGAUCCAACAGCACCUGGCGGAUAAUUUGACAAUGACCGCGGGCACGAAGGUCCUCCUCAAAUUGAUGAGGGACUCAGCAAGCGGGCUCCUGAGACUAGAGGGCCCGUCGAACGGCGGAAUCGCGUGUUUGACCACAGCCGCCACACAGGACAUAGAUAGUUCGAGGUUCAGCUGGUCCAAGGGGUCCAAACACAAGUGUACGCGCGUGGGGUUGCAGAUUGCCUCGGCGCACCUCCAGGACUUCUUCGACAGCGACGACCAGGUUGCCGGGUUGGGACUCACCAUCCCCGUGGCGGCCGACGCCAGCCUCGUGGAGCCGCUGAAUCACUGGGCGAGCACGGUGCACUCGCAGGUGCUUGCCGUGUGUAGCUCCCCGUCGAUGGAAUUGUCGAGCCCCGUGGCUGGCAUCUCCGCGUGCUUCGCCGUGUCCGCCCGGGAGGCCCAGAUCCCCGUCAUCUCCCACUUCUGCUCUCUACCCACCGAUCCACGGGACGGGAUGACCCUAUUCGAACAGGGCCUAAUUGCCCUCACCUACAGUCUCAUCCGACAGCUGAUCGACUUCCUACCGCCGGUGCUGGAGAGUCACGCCGCGUGCGAUCUCGAGAGCGAGCGCUUCGUGCCACUGAACGGCAAGCUCACGAGCUGGAAGGAGGUGCUCUCCCUGGUCGACGUGCUGCUUUUCUACUCGCCCCCGCUGAUGGUGUGCGUGAUCGACGGCCUGGAUGUUAUUCAGGACGCAUCGACGGACCAACGUCUCCGGUCUCUAGUACGCACGAUCCUGUCGCACACCCGGCAUGAGAAGGUGGCGGGGCCAGGCGGUCACCGGCAGCGUGUCAUACUAAAAGUGCUGUUCACGGUCGAGGGUCGGCCGGAAUCACUGGUGAAGACGCUCGCUGAGAACCCACUUACUGUCAGUCAGACGGCCCCGGUCGAGACACCGGCCACUGAUCAGGUCAUGAACUCUGGCAUGGUGAUGAUGAAUGCAUGAUACAUGACACGACUUAGCGAUUUUAUGUUUCUCUCUCUCUCCCUUUCUCACAUACUCACAAAAUCUCUCACAUGCCCUCAGUCUCUCUCCCAGUCUCUCUCCACUUUUCUUUUACUUUCUUCUUCUUUUUUUGUUCUCUUUCUAACUUCUACUUCAUUUUAUUCUAUUUCCCUGAGCUGAAAAUUGGGACAGUGAUAGAACAAGCGAAGGUUGGGAUGGCAUUGAAUAUAACGAUUGGUUUCCAGACACAUGUGGAAAUUGCGUUUUCUUUCGUUCGCCCUUAGUAAUGCCAUGUUGGGCAGAUUUUCAUAUUAUUUUUAUUGUCAUCAUUCUUGUACUUAUGUUCAGGAUGCGGUCUGGAGGCAACGUGAUAUUCUGUCUAGUAUUCCAAGACUGAGGAGGUUCUCGUGCUUAUCAAAUUGCGCAGCACUUAUUAUCUAUUGUAAUAAUAUUGUUCAUGCGUUGGCU